AUGAAAAACAAAGAGCUCAAAGAAGACCUAGAAAAUAAAUACGGUGAAAUAGAAAGACUAACUAUGAGAGUCAAUAAUAUAUGGCAAUCUGCAGUCGCUAUUUUUAAAGAAAAAGAAGAUGCAAAAAAAGUCAUGGAAAAAUCGAGUAUUAUAAUUGGAGAAGACUCCUUGAAGAUUACACAAAUAGAUCAAACAGCUGAUAAUCUCAAAUCUAGAGGAGAACAUGUAAUCAGAAUUAUCAGUCUACCCAAUGGUAUAACAGCACAUGAGUUAUGGUCCCAUGUAGAAAAAAUUGGAGCGAGAACAUGUUAUAUCCCAAGAACAAGAACAUAUAGAUGGAAAAAUGAAGCAAUUGUCUCGUUUGAAGACCAUAAAACAU